AUGACUGAUACUUUGACCUACGAGCAAGUGAAAGAAAUUGUAGAAUCCCCAACACCCAACACCGUGUUAAUCGAUGUCAGAGAACUGGACGAUUUUAAAUUGGGUUCAAUACCCAGUUCAGUGAACAUGCCUUAUAAUUCUUACCCAAAUGCACUUGAUUUGGACUCAGAAGAAUUCAAUAAGACCUUCGGAUUCGCCAAACCUUCUAAAACAGAGAAUUUGGUCAUUUACUGUGCUUCUGGAUUCCGGGCCAAAAAGGCUCAAGAUUCAUCUAAAAAGGCCGGAUACACCAAUGUUUUGGUUUAUCCUGGAUCUUACAACGAGUGGAGUAGCAAAUUGGACGAUUCGUCACCACAAGAGAACUCUCUGACCAAAUUGGCCGUCUUUCUUGCGGUUUUAACCAUUGUUGCGACUUUUUACGUCAAAGGUUGGUAA